GUGUUCCUUCUCACCUACUUUUUCGGGAUGGCCGCCUCGGUUUGGUGGGUGGUGCUGUCUUUGACGUGGCUGUUGGCUGCUGGCUGUAAAUGGAGCACAGAAGCCAUCGCCUCCUACAGUGUCCACUUCCACAUCGUUGCCUGGGGUCUACCGGCAGUUCAGACCGGUCUGGCUCUAGCAUUCUCGGCUAUUGACGGUGAUCCGGUAUCUGGCAUCUGCUACGUCGGCAACACGAACGUUCACUUCUUGAGGCUCUUUGUUUUGGGUCCUCUCACCGUAUACUUUGUAUUUGGCGUCCUGUUCCUGGCCAUUGGCUUCUUUAACUUGUGGCGUAUUCGUAUUGAGGUCCAAAAACAACAACACGGCCUGGAAAACGUCACGAAAGUAACGCAGCUAAUGUCGAAAAUUGGCAUCUUUUCGGUUCUGUACACGGUCCCAGCCCUGUUCUUGAUCCUCGUCCUCUUCUAUGAGCAGCGCCAUCGGCCACUCUGGGAGCAAGCCGCUUUGUGUAGCUGCUCGAGCACCAAAGCUGAUACUGACAUAAAUAUCAACCGGCUGAGU